AAAAAAUCUAAUAAAAUAGGAGCUAGUAACCAGCUAGUUUCAUAAUAAUAUGCAUAUGCCUGUUUCACACGACCCUCAUGGUUAAGUAUUCCAAUGUGACCUUUCAUAUUUUACAUGUGUCUUGACGUAAGAAGUAACCUACAACAACCAGAACCUACUGUAAUGAGAAUGAAAAAUGACGCUUCUUUUUCCUCGUUAGGAGGUACAACAUGAUUGUUGUGGCUUCCACAGGAGACUGGUGACAAGGCGAGUUGAGGAGCAAAUAAAGGAGGUCCCCACCUUCACAACAUCGAGCAACCACUGGAGAGGAUUUAGCAGCAGGAGCUCGGCCCCAACCCAUACAUCUAUUGAGACGAGGAAAAACAAAAAUCUAAGGACAAUAAAGAACCAGACUACUCAUUGUUCAUAUCGAGCUAUUGACCAUUUUCAACACAUAGUUUCUACACACAACAACGAGGAAAAGCAAGAUGAACAAUUUUCCACCAGGCAUGCAGCUGCCUCCUGGUAUGGGAGGUAGCGUGGAGUCGAUGCAGCAGAUGCAGCAAAUGAUGCAGCAACAGAUGGCUUUGAUGCAACAACAGAUGGUAAGAGUGUUUUUAGGCUUUGAUGCUGCAACUACAACAGAUGGUAAGUUUCAGUUGGAUACAGUUUUUUUCGAGGUUUUGAUGAUUGAGGAACAUCAGAUUUACUUCCUCAGGAGUCAGUAAAAAGGUUGAUUUAGAUUUUCUGCUACUCCCUUUUCCACACAACUCCAAGUCCAACUCGCUCUCCCUUAUAAUUUCCCAAAAACUACUUCUACAACCACACCCCUCCUCAACCAUAACCAUACAACAGGGUGGCGCCACUUCUAGUACCAACUUGCAACAAGAGGAGGAAGGCCAGCAGGAGGAAGAGGAAAUGGAAGUGGAUGAGGCUUUCUUAGACGAGAAAGCUCGCAAAUGGCAAGCUCUGAAUGCUAGGAGGUUUGGUCAGAAGCGCAAAUUCGGCCAUACACAUGAGGCCAAGGAGGAAAUGCACCCAGCAAGUUUACGGAAGAUAAUAAAGGAUCAUGGCGACAUGAGUUCAAGGAAAUUUAGGCACGACAAGCGUGUCUACUUGGGAGCAUUGAAAUACGUGCCGCAUGCGGUAAUUUCCUACAUCAAGUUUAAGUGCUCCUAGUACUUGUUUGAACACGUAGUGCUUAGAUAGUUGUAUUCGAUCAUUACAUUUGAUGACUGCAUUCUUCUUGUCCCUAGUAAAAGGAAUAAACCCAAGAAACUGCCAGCAACAGCAUCUCACGACCUCACCCACAGGUCUACAAGCUUCUCGAGAACAUGCCUAUGCCUUGGGAGCAAGUGAGGAAUUGUCAAGUCGUGUAUCACAUCACGGGUGCCAUCACUUUCUGUGCUUGCGUCCCCAAAGUUGUAGAGCCUGUGUACAUCGCGCAAUGGGGUACGAUGUGGAUCAUGAUGCGAAAGGAGAAGCGGGACCGAAGGCACUUCAAGCGAAUGCGCUUUCCGCCGUUCGACGACGAGGAGCCUCCUUUAGAUUACGGCGACAACGUUCUCGACGUGGAACCUCUGGAGGCGAUUCAGAUGCGGUUGGACGAAGAGGAGGAUGCGCCAGUGGUCGACUGGUUCUACGACAGUCAGCCUCUGCUGAACACUCCGCACAUCAACGGGAAGACGUACAGAAAGUGGAAUUUGAACUUGGCGCAGAUGGGAGUGCUGUACCGCUUGUCGAACCAGCUGGUCUCCGACCUGCUGGACCAGAACUACUUCUACCUCUUCGACCUGCAGUCGUUCAAGACGGCGAAGGCGUUGAACUUGGCCAUCCCAGGGGGACCGAAGUUCGAGCCUCUGUACCGAGACAUGUUUUCCCACGACGACGACUGGAACGAGUUCAACGACAUCUCCAAGCUGAUCAUCCGUCAGCCAAUCCGAACGGAGUACAAGAUCGCGUUCCCCUUCGUGUACAACAACCGCCCGAGGAAAGUCGCGCUGCAGCGCUACUUCACGCAGCACGUUUGCUACGUGAAGGCAGACGACCCGGACUUGCCGGCUUACUACUACGACCCGAUCAUCUGUCCCUUGCCAGGGUACAAAGCUUCCUCCGAGAGCACAGCAGAAAAAAGCGACGAGCAGAUCGAUGAGGAUGAGAUGAUUGAAAAUUUACUGGAGGACUUCGAACUUCCAGAAGAAGUUACGCCAUUAUUGGAGGAUGUGUCUCUAUACGACGACAACACGGCACAGGGAAUCCAGCUCUACUGGGCACCGAGACCGUUUAACUUGAGAGCUGGUACUAUUUUUAUAACUUUUUACCUGACACCAGCACUAAAAGAAUUAUUUUCAAACAGUACUACUACUAGGUAGUACUACUACUAUAAUGUACUUCAUUUUUCAGCAGGUGGAAGAUGAAGUAGUUCUUAUCAAGAAAUCAAAAUCAUUUCAACUUCCAGAAAAGUCCCUAUCCCUACAACCAGAUGUCUCCUCUACUUCAUCUGUCCAGUACGCAAAAAACAACUUUUUCUAGGUGUCACACGUCGAGCCCAGGACGUGCCACUUGUAAUGCAGUGGUUCAAAGAGCACUGUCCUUCCCAGAACCCGAUCAAAGUCCGUGUUUCCUACCAGAAACUCCUCAAGUGCUGGGUUCUUAACUCUCUGCACAAGCGCAAACCCAGACCUCAGAACAGACGAGACAUGUUCCGGGUCUUUGCCGCGACGAAGUUUUUUCAGAAAACGACAUUGGACUGGGUGGAGAUUGGUCUCCAGGUGUGUCGGCAGGGAUACAACAUGUUGAAUCUGCUGAUUCAUCGAAAGAAUCUGAGCUACCUGCAUUUGGAUUACAACUUCAACUUGAAGCCAGUGAAGACGCUGACGACAAAGGAAAGAAAGAAAAGUCGAUUUGGUACGACCACUAAAACUGGACUUUAUUAAGUUUAUUUAGUUCAAGCCUCGUCCCGUCAUUCUCUCUUUCUUCAACUACAACAUGCUUUAUCCCGAACAUCAUGAUGCUUUUCUUACUCCCAGCGCAUGAACCAAAUGAACACCAGGUAACGCCUUCCACUUGUGUCGUGAAAUUUUGCGUUUGACGAAGUUAGUCGUCGACUCCCACGUCCAGUAUCGCUUGGGUAACGUCGAUGCCUACCAGCUUGCCGAUGGUUUGCAGUACAUUUUCGCUCACGUCGGUCAGCUAACGGGUAUGUACCGCUACAAGUACCGAUUGAUGAGACAAGUCCGCAUGUGCAAGGAUUUGAAGCAUUUGCUCUACUAUCGUUUCAACUCGGGUCCGGUCGGGAAGGGACCCGGUUGCGGCUUCUGGGCACCGGGAUGGCGAGUCUGGCUCUUUUUCUUGCGUGGUAUUGUGCCACUUUUAGAGCGGUGGUUGGGCAACUUGUUGGCGCGUCAGUUCGAAGGACGUGUGAGUAAGGGUGUGGCGAAGACGAUCACAAAACAGCGAGUCGAGUCACAUUUCGAUUUGGAACUACGCGCGUCAGUGAUGCACGACAUCGUCGACAUGAUGCCGCAAGGCUUAAAGGCGUCCAAGGCGAAAACGAUUCUGCAGCAUCUCUCUGAAGCUUGGCGGUGUUGGAAGGCGAAUAUUCCAUGGAAGGUUCCGGGUUUACCCGCUCCGAUCGAGAACAUGAUUUUGCGGUAUGUGAAGUCCAAGGCCGACUGGUGGACGAACGCAGCAUACUACAACCGCGAACGAAUUCGGCGUGGCGCGACCGUGGAUAAAACCGUCUGCAAGAAGAACUUGGGUCGCUUGACCCGUUUGUGGCUGAAGAGCGAACAAGAGAGGCAGCAGAACUACAACAAGGAUGGUCCCUACUUGACGGGGGAGGAAGCGGUGGCGAUCUACACUUCGGUGGUCCACUGGCUGGAAUCAAGACGAUUCGCCCCGAUCCAGUUCCCGCCAAUCAACUACAAGCACGACACGAAGCUGCUCAUCUUGGCUCUGGAGCGGCUGAAGGAAACGUUUGGCAUGAAGUCGCGGUUGAACCAGCAGGAAAGAGAAGAGUUGGGCUUGAUCGAACAGGCCUACGACAAUCCCCACGAAGCUCUGGCGCGAAUCAAGCGGCACUUGCUCACGAUGCGCGCGUUCAAGGAGAUCACGGUGGAGUUCCAGGACAUCUACUCGAAUCUCGUCCCAGUCUACGAGAUCGAGCCCCUGGAGAAAAUCACCGACGCUUACCUAGAUCAGUACCUGUGGUACGAAGGCGACGCUCGUGGCCUGUUCCCGAACUGGAUCAAGCCCGCGGAUACCGAGCCGCCGCCUCUGCUCGUCUACAAGUGGUGCCAGGGGAUCAACAACUUGUCAGAGGUGUGGGAGACUUCCCAAGGCCAGUGCAUGGUUUUGAUGCAGAGCAAGUUCGAACAGGUCGCGAUGAAGGUGGAUAUCACACUGCUGAAUCGGCUGCUCCGCUUGAUCGUGGAUCACAACAUCGCGGAUUACAUGACGGGAAAAAACAACGUGUCCAUUAAUUACAAGGACAUGUCCCAUACGAACAUGUAUGGGCUCAUUCGCGGAUUGCAGUUCUCAAGUUUCGUCUUCCAAUUUUGGUGCAUGGUGCUGGAUCUGCUGGUACGAUUUAACUUUUCAACAUCUUCUUACAAAAGUAGUUUAUUUCCUACUGUUCAUGUUCUUGUUAAAUCUUCAAAUUAAUAAUGAUGUCCUCGAUGAUGUUCUAUCUCUUCUAAUCUUCUAUGCCCAACACAUUGCCUUUUAAUAUGUAGCAAAUGAUUUUGGUGAAGUACAGCUAAACAACUAGCUUUAAUCCUUUUGAAGAAACAUUACUGAACCCUCCGAGUAACUGACUGAAAUAAGGGACGUAGUAACCCUUUUGAAGAAAGAGAAAACAACUAGCUUGUUUAAUCCUUUUGAAGAUUUUGGUGAACUACAGCUAAACCAGAACUACAGCUAAACCAAAAAUCCUUUUGAAGAAACACAAAACAAAAUAACAGGCACUUGGUCUGACCCGUGCUUCCGAGAUUGCUGGACCGCCACAGCUGCCGAACGAGUUCCUCCAGUAUCCGGAUGUCGAGACCGAAACGAGACAUCCAGUCCGUCUCUACGUCCGCUACUUGGAGAAAAUCUACAUGCUGUUCAUCUUCACAAAGGAAGAGAGCAGAGAUUUGAUUCAGAGGUACUACUACCUCUAGUACUACCUCUAAUUCUAAGCUUUAUAAGGUUUAUUUUACGACAUGUAGUUUAAGUUGUGCAUAUAGCAGAAGCUGAAGUUUAUAAGCUACUUGUUGGACGACGACCUGUUGAACGCGACAAUAAAUAUUUAAGUAAGAACGUUUUUCUAAUCAAGAUUUUCAAUUUGAACAUCCCCCACACCCACUCUUAUCUCUUCCUUCACCACCAUCCCACAUCUUUUUACCGCACCACCACCGAAAGGUACCUGACCGAAAACCCCGAUCCGAACAACGAGAAUAUUGUUGGCUACAACAACAAAUCCUGUUGGCCACGCGAUUGCCGCAUGCGUCGUGUUAAACACGACGUCAAUCUCGGUCGCGCCGUCUUCUGGGAGAUCCAAAAUCGACUACCGAGGUCUCUAACUACGCUC